AUGGAGAUUAUUCGAGCCGACCCCCGUUGGGCUGCUGACAUAGAAUCCCGCUUACAGUAUCUAGUCCUAGGUCCCACCUCCAAAACCCCACCAGCAACAGCAGCAGCGGCCGCAGGAGGAGGAGGAGGAGCAGCAGCAGCCGCGGCUACUGGGUGGCCGAGGGACAGCGUUCGUCUGCAUAUCUUCAGGCCGAUGGGGAGGGAGAGGCGGGAGGCGGUGCAUCAGAUGGCGGGUCGGUGGCGACUGGAAACCGUUUCAAAGGGAGCCGAACCGCACCGAUUCACGCUCGUGUAUACCACCUCCAAAUCCCGCGCUCCUACCCGGAAGCUUCCUCUCCCGACCGGCACCAGCAUCGGCACCAGCAGCAGCAGCAGCAGCAGCAGCAGCAGCGGCGGCGGCGGCGGCGGCGGCGGCGGCAGCAUUGGGAGCAACCUAGUGCCGUUAGGCCCCGGGUAUUCGCCUUCUCUCACUGCUCCUGCCCCGCCGUUCGACCCGGAAAUCGACCUCAACCCGGCGCGUGUGGUGGCGCUGCUAUCCCUUCCCAGAGACUCCAAUGUGGCGACUCAGCUGGUGAGGUUCGGAGGGGAGUGUGAGCUCGUGUGGGUCGACGAUCGGAAUGCUGUGGCAGUGUUUGAGGACCCGGGACGAGCAGCAACGGCUAUGCGGUUUCUGGAUCAUGUGGAUCUGGGGGUAUGGGUGCUGUUGGAGGUGGUUCGGCGGUUUGGGGCGGGAGAAGUUCGGCCGGGCCUGCUGGUGCAGGUGCUGGUAGGGGUUGGGGAGCAGGAGGGGUGGGAGUUGGGGGAGGUGGAUCUGGGGCGGGUGGGACUGGGGGAGGCGCGUGGGGAAGAGGUGGGGGGGGUGCAGCUGUGA